AUGGUGACGCCCGCCCCUCGUCGAAGCGUUGUUCUCCCCAACGAGAUCCUCAAAAUGAUCCUCAUGAACAUCCUCAUCUUCUCCACGGUCUCGCCUCGGGGCAGGCCAAUCAACGCCACACGCUUCGCCAUGCUGCACAAGUGCAUGCUCCACAAGCUCUGCAUCGUCUCCCGGCAGUUCCAGGCCGUCGCCCUCGAAGUAUUCUACGAGAACAACUACUUCCACUUCACCUCACGAACAUCAUUCCGAGCGCCGCUCAUGCCCUCUAUCCACCUCCUCCCCUCCCUCCGCCAUAUCCGGGUGCAGCUGGUCCUGACCGACGGCUAUGCAGGAGCGCCCAUUGUGCUGCCCGACCGCACCCUCACCACCAGGAAGUACUUCCGCAACACCGCCGAGCUCUUCCAGCACUGCCGUAGCGCACGCACUUUGCGGCUGCUCUCCGACCUGGACACCAUGCAAAAUCUGAAGACCAUCGAGCUUCACAUCGAUCCACAGUUUGGCAACCCCAACGAAGAGGCGGCGGUUGCCGUCUACACUGCGGCUCGCUUCUGUGUGUUCGCUCUGGAGGAGACCAAGAUCACCGUCGAGGGUGACAACAUUCGUGGCCCGCUUCAUUUCUUUGAGCUGAGGAUGGCCAUCAGGAGUGGAUACUAG